AUGCUGAAGGCCCCAACCCAUGCCAUACAUCAACCAUCUGCUCUUUUUCUCUCAGAUCGCAUCAACAUCAAGAAGAAAGGCACCUGGCCUUCUGCUUACCUCUCAGUUCAGCACGUCAUUGACUGUGCCCAGGCAGGGACCUGUCACGGUGGAGACCAUACAGGCGUAUGGGAGUAUGCUCACCAGCAUGGUAUCCCUGAUGAGACCUGCAACAACUACCAGGCAAAAGAUCAAAAGUGCAAGAAAUUUAACCAAUGUGGAACGUGUACUACCUUCGGGGAAUGCCACGUGAUAAAAAAUUACACCCUCUGGAAGGUUGGAGAUUACGGAACUCUCAGCGGUCGAGAAAAGAUGAUGGCGGAAAUCUAUGCAAAUGGACCAAUCAGUUGUGGGAUCAUGGCCACUUCCAAACUGGAUGCAUACAGUGGAG